UGUUUUAAAGUUUAUUACCGUGAAGCACAAAAAUGUGUCUUGAAAUAAGUAAUAAAUAAAAGAUUUUUUUUAAUGAAAAUCUUUUAGAAAAAUAAUUGAAUGAAUUUAUUGUAAAAGAAAUUGUUAAAAUAAUAGUAUAAUAAAAAUCUUCAAAAUGUUGCUGUUUAAAAAGCUGUGCAAAAUUCAUCAAAAUAACAACAACAACAAUAGACGAGAAAAUAUACGAAUUAAUUCAACGCCCCUUAAUAAUACUGCUGAAGUAGCAUCAAGUGGUUGUGGUGGUCGCAGUAAUAUUACUUUGGAACAUUCUGCAACAUCAUUGUCUGCACCAGUUGUAAUACCAAAUAGUAGACAUCGUUUUGCAACAUUGAGUUGCAUUAGUGGCGGCGGCAAUGACAACAGCAAUAGGGAGAAUGGUGAAAACAAUAAUCAAUUUAUUGUAAAUCCUCAACAGCAGCAAGGACCAUUUUUGUGUCGUACACCACCACCAAAUUAUCACUCAUUGCCUUCAACACCACCACCAUCUUAUACAGUAAGUCCGCAACAACAACAACAACAACCUUAUCAAGAGCAACAUCAACAGCCAACUGUACGAUUAGCGGAAAUCUCAAGAGACGACAAUGUGAACAAUGAGGAUGAACAACAGGAACAACCACCUCGACAGCAGAAUAAUAAUCAUCAUCAACAACAACAACAGCAAUUGCAGCAACCUUUAAGGCGUUUUCAAGUACCGGAAGCACUUGCUCUACCUCAUGACGGGCAAAGAGUAUUAAAUAGGCUAAAUGUUGCAAGAAAUAUUAUAAAUGAGCCACUGCCAGUUGCAAAUAGACAAGUAGGAUUAGUUCAUGAAAGAUGUGCCACCAGAAAUGUGGCAACAGUGUCACAUAAUCAUCAACAACAACAGCAGCAACAUCAACAACAGAUACAACAAAGAAGACGGAAACAACGUAGACGUAAUCUGUAUUUAUUACAGCAACAACAACUUCAGCAGCAAAAUAAUCCAACUCUCGGUAAUCGUAGCACAGAUUCCGAAAGCUCUACAAGUUUAACGGACGCCAGUGAAAGUGACAAUGACAUUAUUUGCAUUGGCAGCAACAGAGAUCAAAGAAGACGUCGUCGACAGCGUUUACUUAAAUUAAGAGAUGCUUAUUGUCCCGACCUAUUAAAUGCCUGUUCAUUAAUAUUACUUCAACAACAGACAAGUGAUUCUACAGUAGGAAGUUUUACAGACACACCACCACCACCAGCGAUCGAAGAAACACUCAACGAUUCAACCGAUUACGUGGAAAUCGAUGAAUUACAAGCAACAAAUCGACAACAAAAUGGUGGACAAUAUAAAGCACAAAGUUUAUCGCAAAUCUAUGAACAAAUAUAUCAGCAAGAAACAGAUCCAUACGCAACGCACAACAAUAGACUGAAUGGAGUGGCGAGAGUUGCACCAACACGAGACGAACGAGAAGACGAAAACCAAAGAUUAUACUAUAAUAACAAACAGGAAAUGGGUCAAAGUUUAAGUAUACGAAGACCAAGAAUAUCACUAACCUGGGUAUUAAGAGAACAAUCACAAAACCAACAACAACAGCAGCAACAAAACGAACAACAACAAGAUACCAAAAAGGAGCAGGAAACAAAACUUGAAGUGAAAAAAGAGAAUAUUAGCGAUUUGAAUAAUGUUCUCAAUAAUAAUCAAAUUUUAAACCAACGUAGUAGCAGUAAACAGGAUCAUACAACUAACGUAGAGAAGAAAAAAUAUCGUUUAAAGCAUAUACCCAAUAGCAAUAGUGAAGCUCUCAAUGGUUAUGCUACCACACCUACAGGCUAUACCAAUACUCCCAAUGCUUUGGGUUCACAGAAAUUCUUUAGCAAUCAAAAUUUAUUGGAAUACCACAAAGAUGAAAGCAAUUGCAAGCCCGCUUCAAAGGACUUACUAUUUGUAUGUACACCCCAAAGAGUACCGGAGAGUUUUGGUGGUUCCUCACUGGAUGUCUUGGCUUUGGCUAAGAAACGCAAUGAGAUACGCAAGAAAUUGGCCACAAAAAUGGCCCACUUCCGUUCUGAAUCACAAACACCCCGAUUAGUCAAUAAUAUUAGUAAUGAUGUGCAAUUGAAAAAGGACAACAAGUCUUCACUAAAAUCAGGAUCCUAUUCAGAACCUAGUCUUAUAGCUGCCUCUGAGGGCAACUCACGUAGACAUCGUCAUCGUAAGCGUCGCGAAAGAAAUCGUUCACAAAAAUUUGGCUACGAAAUUAAAAAUGUCGAUGAAUUCUUAAAUAAAUGUUCGCUGGCCUCUCCCGGCAACAUACCCAUGGUUUUAUCUACCUCAUGCAUACUGUACCAAACGAGACCGGGAGGUUAUCAAUCCGAAAUAUCACUGCCAUUGGGCAUGGUGGUUAAUGCAGUAUUUAAAAAUCAAAAUUGGCUGUAUGUGCAAACACCACAUGCGGAAGAGGGUUAUGUUAAUUAUACCACAUGCUUACCGCUGGGUAUUUUACCACCCGAGGCCAGAAAGGAAUCUAAGCCUACACCUUGUUGGGAAACUAAUGGCGAUAUAUUUCCCAAACCUUGUGGCAAUAUGACAGACUCCGAAAAAGAAAUACAUUUAAGAGUAGGUUCACGCAGUGAAGGUGCACGCACACCUCAUUUGAAGAAUGCUCCCACUGAUAAUGAUACAGCCACUGUCAUAUCGGUGAAGACAGAAAACACCGAUUGUCUUAAUGGCAAUGCCACCACCACCACCUCUUCUAUAUAUGGAGAACAACAGGUAGAUAAAUUGUAUUUGAGGGCAGCCUCGCAACCCAAACUUAAUGACAAGACAUCAUAUGCUCAAUUAAAAAUUAUACGUAAUCAUUCAUCGGCCAAGUCGCAAUCAUCAGCACACACCAAUGAUGAAUAUGUUACAUUACAACAAAAGCAGCAUCAACAGCAACAGUCACAGCCACACCAAAUCAAACAAAAGCAUGUACAUACAACAAAUCAACCCAUACAGAAAACUUACAUUACACGCACUUUCAUUACGAAUGGCCACAAUGGUCAACAUUUGCAUCCGAAAGAUAUGAAAACAAAUCUUCAGCAGCAGCAGCAACUACUACAGCCAACUAAUUGUAACCUUAAAACUUCGAACUCAACAACAAUGCUACAGCAACAGCAACAACAAAAUAAUGCCACAGCAACAAUAACAGUUACUUCGUAUACAAAUAACAAGCAUCAACUUCAAAAUCCACCACAACAACAACAAAUGCCGCAUCAAUCUCAAUCAUCAUUACAACAUAAUCAACAACAACAUACAUUCGUUGCUCCACGCUCAGUAUUAAAUGCCAUACGUCGUUCCACAGCCCACUGUGGUCAACGUCAGACAUUGGUGGCCAUAACCACAGAUUAUUCUACAGAUGCUUUGACGCUGCACAAAGGCGAUAUCGUUACGUUGUGUGAGUGUCGUGAAACCAAAGAUCAUCGUCAAUGGUUUUACGUGAGAACACGUGAUGGUCGUCAGGGUUAUAUACCAGCUGAAGUGGCAGGGCAUGGUUAUUUGUAAUAAAAAUUCAAAAAGAAAAUAAAAAACAUACAUGCAUACUUCUUCAAUAACAACUACAACAAUUACAACGGCAUUAAUCAAUAAGAAAAUAUUAUUUAUAGGUUUUCUUAAGGAAAAGGAGGUGAUUCUUGUUGUCUGCGAUAAAAUAAAUUUUUACAUUAAAUCUUAAAAACAGAAUUAAAUCUUUCCCACUGAUUGACUGUAACUUUUUUCUAAUAUUUCACCCGAUUUAUGUUAUAUUAUGAAUGCGAAAAAGUCUUCCUAAAUCGUUUAUUAAAUUCUAUAAUUUUUUAAAUCAAUUCAGAACCAUUUCAUGACAACACCUGACAUAGAUCUUUUGUAUGACCGGUAAAUUUUGUAAAGUGUGAAAAGAAAAUCUCAUCAAAAUUGACCCUAACUUCCCAUAACUAACUUCCCUAACUUCAAGAAAUCAUUAACAUACAUAGACAUAUUGGGAUGAUUAAGAUUCAGAAAAGUUGUUUCGAAAUCUCUGUAGAAAAUAUUAAGAGGAUCGGUCCAUAACUAAUCAAGGAAUAAAACCAAAUAUUGGACAUCCUUAAAAAACAUUUUAACAUCAAUGAUUCGCUUCAAUAUGUAUAUCAGUAUUAAAAUGUGUAAUUUUUCUGUAUUUUUCAAGAUCUUUACAGUUCGGUCCAUAAUUGAUAAAUAAUCCUAAUAUAUGACUUUAAAUAUCAUUAUAAUAUUGCUAGUGUUAUACAGGUUGUCACACAUUUUGAUCGGAUUGAUUUCCAUUCCGUUUUAUUAUUCCGAUCGAUUUUGUUUUAGCUUCUCCAAAUUCCGAAUUAUGUGGUUAGUUCCCGAAAACAUAUCGAUAUAUUUAUUUCUAAAUUAUUCUGUGUAGCUUAUCAAAACCAAUAUCAUAUUUUAGUAAAAGUUUUUGUUAUUGAAACAUUAAGAAAAGGCAUUAAUUACAUAGAAAUUUCAAUUACACUUUAAAAACUGAUAGUGAUUUCAUUCUAAAAGAAUUUUUCGUUUUCUUUUUUGAAGAAGUAAAAAUACGGAUUUAAUUGCACUCUAAAUCGGAAUGGAAUUCAGUGACAGGCCCGAUAAAAUGCGAUAUAAAUAUGUUUUGACGCAAUACUAACAAAUUUUGUGAUAAUCAGCACAUAUUAAGACAUACCUCCAAUAUUAGUCCCCUAUAGUUGGACCCUGUGGUGUAGGGUAACAUCCCGAGAUUACUGUUUCAUAAUUUUUUCUAUAAAUUCGUUUCUAUAAUUUUUAGAACGUAGCAGUUGGAGUAUUCAAAUGUUGAACUAAAAUCAUUGGUCUCAAAGCCAGAUUAGGACCGGAACACACUAAAUCCAUGAGUUCUGGAACCAAUUUUGAAAUUAGUAUAAUUUAUCCUAUUUUGUAUGUGUAUUUUGUAUACUUAUAUUUAGAUAACGAAGUUCUGGCCCCAAAUAUCUGGCUGAUCCAAAUCAUUAAUAAUUUUAUCAGACUUGCUUUAUUAUAUACCGAUCGCUAAAAAUCGGUAUAUAAUAAACAUAGAUAUAAACAAAAUUCCAGGAUUUGGAAAAUAUGAAUUUCCGAACCGAUAUAUGUAUAUAGUCAUAAGCAAUAUGUAUAUCAAAAGAAUGAUAUUCGAAAGUUCUAUCACAUAUGUAUAUCAUAUAAAAUAUGUCAAAAAUAUAUAUUUUACGUGAUUUAUGCUCAAAAUAAGAAAAUUUAAAAAUAAAAAUAAUUUUUUAACACAUUGACGUAAAUGACGGCUAUAGACGUCGAGCACGGUCGUUCGUAGAUCCAAAUGACGAUAUAGCCGUCAUAUUUCCACAUUUCUUUCACUAGAAAUCGGUGUUGUUUUAAUAAUAAAAUAACACAGUUUUAUUAUAUCAACAAAAUUUUUGAUUAAAAUUUAUAUUCGGGCGGAAUCGAACCGAAUUUAACGAACUAUUAAAAUUUUGCAAAAAUUAAGAGUGCAUCUGGGUAGAUUUUUUGAGUGAACGUCAACAAGUUAAAAAAUUUAAAAAAAAAUGUUUAAAAAAAAACAAAAACUAAUAAUUUGAAUUGAAAUUUGAAAAAAGUUUAACUUUGUAGAAGUAGUUAUUUUGCUAUUACUUCUGGAACUUACUUUGUGGGACAUUGGAAAAGUAAUAAGAAGAAGUUCUUUCCAUGAUUUGUAAAGACAAUGCUUCUUACAAAUCCUCAAAUUCCAAAAAUAAAAUUUUUAUACCUUACACUACUAUAGUGGGGAGGGUAUAAAAAUAUUGGUUCUGUACCCACCUUAAAGUAUACCAAUCGGCUCAAAAUCACUUUCUGACGGGCUAUGU